GUGUGUGCUCAUUAGAUGACGUUUGUUUGUGGUUCCCCCUAUAUCAUCCUGUCCAGCUGUGAGCGUCGAGUUACAGACAACUCGCUUCCAGAGAAGACUGUCACUUCUUGGAUCAGCACAUCCAACACAGCAGCAGGCAUGAACGGAAAAUUCGCCUUGGCGCUCCUCCUCGCUCUGCAGGUCUCCGUGAGCCUGUGCGACGUCCCCCCGCCCGAUAAGGAGCUCGUGGAGAAGUAUGAAUCCCUGAAGGCCGUGUUUGGUCAGAGGCUUUUGAACGCCAACAAAAAAUUCCAGGCCGCCUUUGCACAAUACGCAAACCAUGGGGAGGCCUCGGAGCCAGUUAAGGCGAUCAGCGAGUACAUGAGCACCCUGGAGGAGAACCCACACGUCAAGAGCGUCGUGAAGAUCGCCGGCGGUCUGGCCCAGGAGGUGUCGCCCCUGGUGGAGAGGACCCGCCUGACGGGCCUGGGUCUCUACGGACACUACUUGCGCCCUUACAUCGGCACCUACCUGGACGACAGCAUCAACUACAUCAAGGCCUACCUUGACGCAUUCAUACCUGCUGCGUAAAAAGACUGACCGCCGGAUCGAACACCUCGGAUUAAAACUAGCAGAGUUUGUGAUAGCUUGAAGUAGAAACUAAUAGAAACUGUACCCCAGCUCGAGCCGGGGAGAGCGACGCACAACGCGAGAAAGCAGACUUGCCUCUUUUUCCAACCAAUGUCUUUCCUAAAGUAAGCUAAGUUUAAAAUCCCCCGCAAACAUGUCAGUACCACCUGUGCAAAUUGUGCGCGUACAGUAUUAUUUUGCUUCAGACACUUAACCGAUGUGUGUGUGAGUGUGCACGUGUGUGAGAGAGCGUUCAAUAAACAAUGAUUUGGAAAUUA